UCUACGCAGGCUGGCAGUGAGGCGGUGAGGCAUCCAUUUGGCCCCCCAAAAGCAGGGAAGCAAGAAGAGCAGGAGCUGGAGAAUCUGGCCCAGAGGAGGAGCAGUAGGAGCAGGAGGAGCGGAGCAACAGCAGCCGGACAAGAGAGAAUAGAGCUCAAUUACGCCGCCAAACUGUCGUGUCAGCAACAACGUGAAAUGUGCAAUUCCUGGCUGGUGCUCAUAAUUGCGCUCUCCGUUGUCGUCUGCCUGUGGAACUCGCAACAAACCGAAACAUCCAAAUCAUGCCCAGCCGAGUGCAUCUGCUUGUCCCAGACUCAAGUGCUGUGUAACACGGGCGGCCUCGAGCAGAUCCCGCUGCGCCAGCUGCCGGCGACGGUGGAGAACCUGGCGCUGACCAAGAACAACUUCCCGAUCAUCAAGCCGGACUCAUUCGCGGGGUUGCGGGCGCUGAAGAAGCUCUCGCUGGACGGGAACAACAUCACGCGGAUCAAGCAGUUCGCCUUCCGCGGACUGCCGCGACUCAAGGAGCUCUCCAUCCAGUACACGCCGCUGCAGAUGGUGGCCCAAUUCGCGUUCGCCGGUCUGCAGAACCUGUCCACCAUCCUGCUGAGCCACAACCAGAUCCAGCGGAUCGAGGGCAACGCCUUCGCGGGCACCUCGAACAUCAAGCUGAUACUGCUGACCAACAAUCCGCUGAUCCGCAUCGACAGCUCGGCGUUCUCCAGCCUGACCAACGUGGGCCACCUGAUUCUGCCCUCGGGCAUCCGUAGCAUCGAGCAGGACGCCUUCUUCGGCAUGGACACGGUGGGUCUGCUGAAGCUGGCCUACAUGGACCUCAAGGAGGUGGCGCCCUUCACCUUUCGCGGCCUGUCGAAUGUCCUGCUACUCACGCUGCAGGAGUCGGAUCUGGGGGUGAUUUGUGCGGAUGCCUUCACCGGGCUCACCCAGGUGGAGACACUGCAGAUCCUGAACAACAAGAUCGACUCGAUCGAGGAGCUCAACUUCACCAGCACGGCGGCCAUCAAGCACCUCAAGUUCUUCGGCAACCACGUGCUGGAAACGCCCGAUCCCAACUCCAUCAUCGUCGACGGGGUGGAGCACCUGCAGCUGGUGAGCAACCACUUCCCCUGUGGCUGCCAUAUUCACACCCUACUGGACGGACCGCUGGCCGAGGGCGCCCACAAUCUGACCGACUUUCUGCAGAAGAACUACUGCAUCUCGCCGCUGGAGGUGAACGGGCGGGUGAUGAGCGAGCUGGACAUCGACUCCAUUGGCCGCUGCUCCGAUCAGCUGACCAAAGGCAAUCUCGGCAGCUCAGCGGCCUCGCUGGCCCUUGGAAUCAACUCGAUGCUGCUCAUCGCGGUCGCCAGCUGCGCGGAGUGGCGUCACGUGCGGCUCCUGGCCAACCGGCUGGCCCAGCUCCUGGGUCAUGUGGCCUGGCGACGGCGUCGGAAAAGGCGAAAGGGCAAUUAGGCGGAGAUGUUCUGCACCGAUUACCCGAGAGAACUGCAGACUUCAGCUCGAGAUCAUUGAGGCAGCAGCAGCAGCUUCACGUGAAUUCCUGAUAAUUCCCGAUCACCAACUCCGCCAGGGUAUCUGUCAUCCAUUGUACACCGCAUAAAUAUGUGGCGUUUAUGUAUCUGCACCGUAAAGUAAAAAGCUGCAGAUUGCCAAAUGUAAAACUCUGCAGUUUUGCUAUCAUCAUGCGAAAUCUGAGAGUCUGAUGUCGCUCCAACUUCCCUUCUUGCCAUUUGGCAUUUGCCAUUUACCAUUUACCAUUUACCAUUUUCCAUUUACCAUACGCCGUUCUUCGCCAUCCUGCCCCAAAAAAUGCUGAACCCUAGGCUAAUCCUGCGACCAGGAUCCGACUGCAUCCUGCAUAUCCUGGGCCCGAGGGCCCAACUACGUUUGUUUGUUAGUUGUUUACGUUUGUGUUGCCAUUUCGUUCUGUUUGCGUUAAAUGCGAAACGCGAAAUGCUAAAUCCACAAUGCAAAAUGCCGAAUGCAUCAUGAUGCAUGCAGCAUGUAGCAUACAAAAUGCGGACUGCGGAUUGAACACUAAAUUAUUAUAUCAAAUUUCGAGUCAAAUGUGUGUAAAUCAUAAAGUGAACGCAUAUGGACGAUGGCAUAGACAAAAUCCGAUGUAAGCGUAUUUAAGCAUGUGUAUUUGUAUUUAUAUUUGAAUUUGUACUUGAAUUUGUAUAUGUGAAAGUUAAAUAUAUAUAUAUAUAUGAACCUAGCUGUAUGUGCGAAUGAACGCAAUUUUUUUUUUAUCAUAGUUAAUAGUUCAUAAAUAACUGGGAUAUUUAUUGGCCAAUUAAUAAAGAUGCGAACUUAUACAAACAUCUAGUACAUACAUACAUAUAUUUAUAUAUAUAUGAAAAUAAACAGCGGCAGAGACGCAAUCUGCACUACCUAGCCAGAUGGAUAAAGUAAAUGCAUAGAUGUGUGCAUAGAGAGUCUAGUCAAUUAAUGUCAUUGUAUCUUGUAUCUUUGUAUCUACGAUAGCUAUCUAGAAACCAAGCAAACAAGCAAACAAACAAACAAACAAACGAGCAAACAAGCAUUUGUACUUAUUUAUAAAUCGAGUGAAACUAUACGAAUCCGCUAUAUACGGAGCACACACUAUUAUUAUUAUAUGGAUAAAUAUGUGAUAAAACGUUUGCAAUGCCACAAACUCACAGAUCUGGGAUGUGGGCGUUACGGGUGGCCAUACAUAUGUACAUAUAUAGUAUGUAUAUACAUACAUAGCUAUAGUCAACCGUAGCGCCCACUUUUCCCGCACUGCAGGCUGUACAUAUCAACAGGUUACAGGUGGACAACUCUUAUCAAUUACUAACUCGCUUAUCUGAGGAAGUGUGAGCCGGUGCAAUGUACAUUUUAUAUAGCGAUGCCCAGACUAACCCGACUAUAUCUAUAAGUCAGCCUCCGAAACGCAAUUUCAUCUAACACAAAAUUAAAUGUAAAUUGUGUCGAUUUGUCCAAACAGUUUGCCGCAAAUCAAAUAAAACAAAACAAAACAACAACCGAUUUGUUCCGGCAAAUAGGAAAUGUUUCCGAGCAAAUUGUUUUCUAGGUGUAUGCGUACAUGGUAUUUGUGUUGUAUUGGCCUGUGUAUGCUUGUGUGUGUGUGUGUGAUUGCGUAUCCUUUUUUGAGGCCCAGGAGAAUUGUUAUUCCAAUUAGACGUGUUGACGAGCGAGAAAAAAAAAGAACACACAACACGUGCAAUAUACAUAGUUCAACACUUAGAUAUAAUCAUCUGCAUACAAACGAACAUAUACUAUCGACUAGAUAUGCAAAACUUUUUUUUGUCACCCAUAAUAAGAGAAGCAUAUUUCCUUGUCAACCCCAAAGCUGCUAUAAGAAUCCAACUCCUAUACAUAUAACUAAUAAUAAAACUAGUGAAAAGUAUCUAUAGAAACUAUCGAUUGUUAAUACUGCGAUAACGUCUCCGAUUAACUGUAAAAUAGCAUAAUUGUGUGACCCAUAUAAGUAAGUUCCCAUUCCCAUUUCCGCUCCAGUUCCCAUCAUCAAUUUCUUAUGUCUAACUCAAAGAAGAGCCAUCAUAGCACACAUUGCAUUAUUAUACCCAAAGAGUAAUGUUUACUGUAGGCUAAAUAUGAGAUAUACAGGUGCAUAACGAUAACGGUAUCGAUUACGAUAAAUGGGAUACCAAGCUACAAAGAAAACUUAAAGAAGCGAAGGCAAACAAACACGAAUCCCGAACUAAACCCUAUGAAAAAUUAAUAAUCUAUAAUAAUAAUACUAAUAAUAAUAAUAAUAGUCAAAACCUACUAUCGAUGGAGAA